AUGGCGGCGAUAGCAGAUACCGCGGCGCCGGCAGAGUCGGCGGUGGCUUACUUUGAGGGAGAGGCGACGGCGCCAGAGUGGCUGGAGAAGGCGGCUGGACAGGUUGAGGCCUUUGUGGCGGCCAGCGAUGAGGUCUUGACGGUGGUGGUCACCUCGGGCGGAACGAUGGUGCCGCUGGAGCGGCGAACGGUGCGGUUUGUGGACAACUUCUCGACAGGCACUCGCGGCUCGCGAUCGGCUGAGGCCUUUUUGGCUGCGGGCUAUCGAGUUGUCUUCCUCCAUCGUGCCGGCUCGAAGCGGCCGUACCUGUCGCAGAUGAGCAUGGAGGCUCUGUUUGAUGCCGAUGGCCCAGGCGCGCUGGUUGAGACCGGCGACGGCUCUCUGCUGGUGCCAAACGAGUCGCCAGUGGUGGCGUGUGUCCGAGCCCGCCGCGCCGCCAAGGCCAGCGGCAUGCUGCUGGAGAUUCCGUUUGUGACCGUCGAGGACUACCUGUGGCUGCUGCGGCGGGUGGCGCAAUGCGUGGAGAGCCUGGGCGCGCGGGCGAUGAUGUACCUAGCAGCGGCAGUGUCGGACUACUACGUGCCGACAGCCGCCAUGCCUGAACACAAGAUCCAGUCGUCAGCCGAGGCGCUGGUGCUGGAGCUCGAGCCGGUGCCCAAGAUGCUCGGUGCGCUGCAUGCGGAAUGGGCGCCGGCUGCACUGGUGGUCUCGUUCAAGCUGGAGACCGAUGCGGCGCUGGUUGAGGCCAAGGCACGGCGCGCCAUCGCCAAGUAUGGCGUCAACCUGGUGGUGGCCAACCGGCUCGACAACCGCAACGAGCUCGUCCACGUCGUCCACGCCGACGCCAGCCGGCCCGUGGUCGACGUCUCCCCAGGUGCGCCUGGCGAACCGAUCGAGAUUCAGCUGGUGCAGACUCUCAAGGCCGAACACGAGGCGUUUGUCAGGAACUCGUAGCUGGCUUCGGGGCGAGGAGCUGGAUGAGCACUCCAUCUCAUCGGAUGCGAAUAAGAGCCAACGGCCGGCUGUGCUAACUGCCGUCGGCAACUGCUGACAUC